GAAUUUAGCCCUUCUCAGUUAUUUUUAUUAAAAGCCACUUUUUAAUUUUAAAAGUAAUUUAUCUGUGCCUGGAUUUAUAUAGCCAUCUUUCUUGAUAAAAAAUUUCAAAAUUUAGCCAUCACUUCUAAAGGGAGGUUUUCUUUAAACCUCAAGAAAUCUUUUUAAUAAAACUAGCUUUUAAAAAAAUGCCACCAAAAAUUUUAAAUCAAGCAUCUUGCCUCUUUCAUUUUAAUCUCCAAUUUCUGCAGAACAGAUCAGAUUCCAAACUACCUAAUAAAGAGUUUUCAGUUUAUCCUUUUUAUUUUAUAGAGCUUACACAGAAAAAUGAGUGUAUGUCCAAGAAAAGAGUAGAAUUGAGGGGCAAUGAAAAAAAAAAAUCUCCAAACUUGGAAACAAAAUGAUUACCAGACUGGUUUGCUUUCCACAUUGCAGAUUUUUAUAAGCCUCAAAACAAACAAAAAAUGAAUGUUACAAGAAUUGAAGUUAAGGAUGAACAUGCAUUAGCAAUCUAGGUCUUGGAAUUUUAGUAGCUUUUGGCUUCAUGAGCCUGUAUUCUUCAUUCACCUAAUUUUGAAUUUCCCUCCCUCAAUAAGGUUACACUUCCCUAUAGCCUCAAUGUGGAAACAACAGCUGUCACUAAGUCUUGCUGCUUACCUCAUUUUUCAAAGCUGUAAAAAACUUUCCCAUGUUAUCUUUGCAGCAGGCCAGGUAGAGUGAGGAGUGAAACAGGAUAUGUGUACUCCAGAUAUGCAGUACUGCCUAAUGCUUUCGUUAUCAAAUAUACCUAGUAACUGCCUAAAUUGAUUUGCGGUAUCGGCACAGACUUAAAAAAUCAAUCUUGAUUUUUGUAGAUCUGUGUUGGAAUUUCUUUUGAUUGGUGGAGAGAGCAAGUUGAUAUUUUAUCACAUCUGAAACUGGUAAACAUGACCACUCACCCUUCAAGAAUAAAGUGAUACCCAGAUUUUUUUUUUUUUUUGGCUAUUUUAACUGUAGUACAUAUUAAUUGGCUGUCUAUUUCUAGUUUGAUAUUAAAAAAUAAUUUCAAUUUUCAGUUCAUUUUUAUGUCAUCUUAAUAUAGAGAGUUUUUUUGCAUAAACUUACUGAUGCAGGAAAGGAUUAAUAUUCUCCCCUAAGUAGCCAGAUUCCCCUUGGCUAACCAGAGCUGAUCCUGAAGAUUUUAAAUGGUAAAUCAUGUGGAAAUGAACUUUUACUUGAAUUGGACAUGUAAUUAGGAAACGAUUAUCUGAAAAAAAAAUUGUAGUUUAUCAGUGUAGGUCUGUAUACUAGAGAAAAUAUUUUGAAAAGCAAAUGUACUGUUUCUUAGCUUCUCACUACAAUGUCAAAGAAUUAUAAUCAUUAGAACAUGUAGUGCAAUUAGUGUGAUAAGCUCAUUUCAUGGGGUUGUUAUCUUACCUCUUUUCUUUCUCUGUCAUUGAUAGCAAAUCAAAAAUUAUACAUCUAGGGCCAGGGAUUUAGCUCAGUGGUUCCGGCACCUGCCUUGCAAGCUCAAGGGCCCAAGUUCGAUCCCCAGUACCAAAAAAAAAAAAAUUAUACAUCUACAUAUGUAUAAUGGACUCCCACUUUAUUUAUUCAUUUUAUAUAAAUAUUAGUUGAACGUUUAUUUUUUGCAAACACAUAGAAAUAAGUCCAAAUGGCAAAAAACAGGUAAACAAAUACUUUAGUACAAAGUCCAUGAAAAUACGGCCCUUACUUGCCUUGUUUACACAGUAUCUGACACAUAAUACUUGAGCAUGAGCAAAAAUUUGUUUAAUUGCAUUAAAUGAAUUGAGUUGAAUCAACAAAUCAUUCCACGAGGAAGGAGUGUUUCACAUGUUUAGUGGGUGUCUGUCACUACAGUGGAUGAGAUUGGAGAAUAAACCUAGCUUGUGUGUUAGCUAAGGAGCAGCCCCUCAGCUAGGGUGUCACAGGUACUUACUUUUAUAUUAGAGGGUGUCACAACAGGGACAAACAACUAACGUUUCCUGUAGAUCAUGCUUGAGGUUCUGAAUAUUCCCAGGUACAGUAUCUCCAGGUGUUUAGGCUCCACGGCGACAAUUGGGUUGUCAUUCCCAACCCCCCACCUCCAGGACUACAUACCACUGAAUGCCUCUGAAUCUGUUGGGACCUGAAAUACAGAAGUAUUUGUUUGCUACCUAUGCUAUUGGCUGUGUUUGUGCCUUGCUUGCUAUGAACUUCAAAUGCUUGAGAAUGUUUGAUGACAGGAAGGAAUUCCGCUGCUAUCAGCUGGGUUUCCAGAUGUGUUGUUUCAGGCAACACAAUGUGUUCUGCAGCCUUGGUGUACUUAAAAGCAGUUCAGUCUCUUGAAGGUGGUGUCUCCUUGUCUCAGCGACAGCUUAGAUAGCUGUUAGCUUUCACUGUUAGAGAAGAUUUUAAGUCUAGUAGAUAUAAGGAAGAAAGAAAUUCUCCCUUUCCCGGGAGAGAACCACUCGAGUGGUGUUGCUGAAGUAGGCAUUAAUGCCAUCUGGCUGGGUGUGAGCCUCCUGGGAUUUGAGAGUCUUUGAACUGUAAAAGGUUACAGCUGUAACUGGAAUCUAAUGAACCCUGUGUUUUGGGGAAAGGGUCUUUGAUUAGGGUGAUGAGGGUCAAAAAGCACAAAAUAUUACCAGUAAUAUCCAGUGAGCUCCGUUACUUUUUGCAUUUGUUGACUGGUCUGGUAGUUCCCCCUCACGGCCACUGAAACUUUGUCAUCAUGUAAUGCCCUGGAGAAGAGAAUGUGGCAUGGACAAGGUCUUUAAAAUAUGUUAAAUUUCACCCGGAAGUGCUGUCCCUGCCAGGAGUAUAGGAACGCCAAGAGUCUCUCAGGUAACAUAAAAUGUAAAUAAGACAUCAUUUUAGUAGUUAGUGACACUUAAUGCACCAUCGAUGAACCAGGAAAUGAACCUGGGUCACUUGACACUAAAUCUGUCUUGAUUUGGGCUUCCUAGUCUCCGUAACUGUAAGAAAAUAAGCUUCCAUGUUUAAAAGCUCUCCAUUCUGAGCCAUUUUGCCAUAGGAGUCCAGAUGAAUUAAGGCAGAAUGGAAGGCAGGAGUGUGUGUGCCCACUGCCUCCUGUCCCCCCUUGGUGAAAGUCUGCAUGGAAUUGGGGGGAUUCUCUCAUGCUUGCAGUUGUGUUUAUGCGUCAGAAAGGCUGAUGGGUCCCCUCAGGACUCCAACACAGCGGAGGCAGAGAAGCCCAGGACAAAAAUAAGAGUCACGUGGUGCAUCUGCGGCAAGGUGCAGUCAGGUUGUACUUGUGUGAAAGGUAGUUGACGGGACAAUCAGAAUUUUCAAAUGUGGUCUGAAAGGAUGUGUGAUAUAAACAAACGCUAUUUGAUGCAGAGUGUUACUCCUGGGAAUUUAAAGCACCUUCACCUGCUGUUAGAGGCUGAGGACGCACCCUGGUCUCCAAUGGCAUGACCGGGAAGCUGGCACGAAAGCCUUGUGGUUGCAGCGGUCUGGUGGCAAGCAUGCAGCCUGCCCGCUCAGGUGUCUGUCAUGUUUGGGAAGUCGGCAGCUCCUCUGUGAUAUCACAGGAAAACCAGGUGCAGACCUUGCCACUGACCAUGGGAUGCCUUCAACUCCGUGCAAGAGUGGGUUUCCAACGACCGGUGCCAACUCCUUUUCUGGCAGGGCAGACUACUGAAAACCAGCCUUGGCCAGGGUUGGUUGAUAUUACACAGGAUCCAGACUUCAAUGGAAUCUAUGAUGAAGACAUGAAUGAAAAUCCAACAUAUAAUCCCAAUAGCCCCGAAGAAAAAGCUGUAUUUAUGAAAUAUGCUGAAAAUAUUCUGCUGAAAUUGACGUUCAGCACCAUACAACUUCAACAGUGUGAAAAUGUCUUUAUAUUUGAAGCAGCCUAUUGGCUUACCAAUGCUAUAAAAUCUACUCAGGAUUACCUUGAUAUUUGUACCUAUCAGAGACUACAACAAAGAUUAUAUCUUCAAAAAAAGGUUAUUCAAAAACACCUCGAGAAGAAAAAAGAAAUCAGAAGAGGGAUAAGCUAUCUAAAGUUGAUAUGCUUUCUUGUUCCACUCUUACUAAGUUUGAAAAAGAAAAUGAAAAUCCCAUAUUUAAAUAGCCUGCUUCCUCCUUUUUCAGAUGACAAAGUCAAGACAGAGCGAGAACUGCCUCCGUUUAUUUAUGGACGAGACUUCAAAUGCCAGAACUUUCACUACAAAGAGAAUCAAUAUUUUCAUGUUCAUGGAGGAAUUGAAUUUGAUAUCACAACCCCUUCAAUUGAGAAUGCUUUGGAUGAUUUUAAGAACAAUUUAGAAAAAAUACGGGCCUGUGCUGCUAAAACAUCUGCAGAAGAUUUCGGAUACAAAGAAUAUUACUCAAUACCAGUCAUGGAAUUUCAUGGGAAAAGCUAUUAUGUGAUCUGUUUUGAUCUUGAAAUUUUCUAUCAACAACUAUAUAAGACACAGUGGUGGGGAGCCAUAAAUGAAAUAGUGAACACUUUGAGGGUGAAAAGACUUCCACUGACGGAUGCUCAGUUACAUGAACAAUUUAAGAAAAAAUUUGGUUUCAAAAAAGCUAUGAAAUGCAAGAGUGUACCAUUUGGUCUGAAGUCCGCUGUGGAAAGAGGAUUAUCUGCUGUUUUCCAUACAUUUAGCCGUAAAACCUCAAGCUCCACGAUCAAUGUCUCCGAUGAAGCAGGGUAUGCAAUUUUCCACCACGCUGCUCUCCACAACAGAAUCUCCAUCAUAUGUCACCUGUGCGACGCUAACUUCAACGUCAACCAGAGACGCUUUGUUAUGUUGGGCCAAGAGUCAUCCAAAAUGGACACGAAAAAAGAAAGAAACGGUCCAACACCUCUACACCUGGCCGCACAGACUUGCUCAUUGGAGUCCACCAUCUGUCUACUUUCUUUCAAAGCUGAUUACACACUUUCUGAAAAAAGAGGCUGGAUGCCCAUCCACUUUGCCGCUUUCUAUGAUAAUAUCUGCAUUAUCAUUGUUCUCUGUAGGAAGGAUCCCAGUCUGCUGGAAGCAGAGGCAACCGCUGAGAAUCAAUGUACUCCACUGUUACUUGCUGCCACUUCGGGAGCUCUGGACACUAUUCAAUACCUGUUUUCUCUUGGGGCUAACUGGAGAAAAACAGACACUAAAGGAAACAAUAUAAUUCAUUUGUCAGUGCUAACCUUUCACACAGAGGUACUUAUGCAUAUAAUAGAAUUAAAUAUUCCUGAACUCCCAGUUUGGAAAACUUUAGUAGAAAUGUUGCAGUGUGAGAGCUUAAAACGAAGGGUGAUGGCUGUCAUGUCCUUAGAAGUAAUCUGCUUAGCAAAUGAUCGAUACUGGAAGUGUAUUUUGGAGGCAGGCACCAUUCCGGCCUUAAUCAAUCUACUAAAAAGUCCCAAAAUAAAAUUACAGUGCAAAACUGUUGGGCUCUUGAGCAAUAUCUCAACCCACGGAAGUGUCGUGCGUGCCUUGGUAGAGGCGGGCGCUAUUCCAGCGUUGAUCGCGCUCCUGCUUUCUGAGGAGCCUGACCUGCAGUCUCGCUGUGCUGUCAUUCUCUACGACAUCGCUCAAUACGGAAACAAGGAUGUGAUCUCCAAGCAUAAUGGAAUCCCGGCUCUGAUAAAUCUCUUGACGUUAGACGUAGAAAACGUGCUAGUAAAUGUGAUGAACUGUAUACGUGUAUUAUGUAUACAAAAUGAAAAUAAUCAAAAAGCAGUGAAAGACCAUAAUGGCAUCCAACACCUUAUUACAUUUCUGCAUACUGAUUCUGACGUGCUGCAGGCCGUGUCUUCUGCCACCAUCGCUGAGGUUGCCCGUGGCAAUAAGGAUGUGCAGGACGCUAUGGCAGAGGAAGGAGCGAUCCCCGCCCUGGUGGCUCUGUUCAAAGGCAAACAACUCAGUGUCCAAACGAAAGGUGCGACGGCCGUGGAAUCCCUGGCGAGUUACAACCCUCCGAUACAGAAGGCGUUUCUGGAAAAUAAAUUAACUAAACAUCUGUUAAAGCUCCUAAAGGCCUUUCAAAUAGACAUUAAGGAGCAAGGAGCGGCAGCGCUUUGGGCUUUGGCAGGACAAACUCUGAAACAGCAGAAGUACAUGGCAGAGCAGAUCGGAUACAACUUCAUAAUAAAUAUGCUUUUGUCACCCUCUGCCAAAAUGCAGUACGUUGGAGGUGAGGCAGUCAUAGCGUUAAGUAAGGACAGCAGAAUGCACCAGAAUCAAAUUUGCGAAGGCAACGGGAUCGCCCCGUUGGUUCGCUUACUGAGAAUUAAUAAGAUAGCAGAAAGCACCCUUCUCAGCGUCAUCAGAGCUCUGGGCUCCAUUUGCAUCGGUGUAGCCCACACAAGCAAUCCGGUUAGUCAGCAGUCUAUUGUGGAUGAAAACGCCUUUCCAGUCCUCAUCCAGCUCCUGAGGGAUCACCCUUCGCCUACCAUUAAGGUUGAAGUGGCGUUCUCCUUGGCUUGCAUUGUCCUCAGGAAUGAUGCAUUACAGAAGGAAUUACAAGACAAGCAAGGGUUCAAGUAUUCUGAUGUCCUCUAUCUUCUUCAUUCAACAGAUAAGGAUAUUUGCUUAAGAGCUGGCUAUGCAUUAACCCUUUUUGCCUUCAAUAAUCGAUUUCAACAAUACCUAAUAUUAGAAAGUGGAAAAAUCACCAUAUCUAUUUUUGAACAUUUCCUUGAAUCAACAAUUGAAACAGAGAAGGCAAUGGCAGCGUUUCAGAUUAUUGUGUUAGCUAAAGUCAUCAUAGAUGUGGACCAUAUUACUUUGUCUGCAAGAGGUGUUACUAUUUUAGUUAACAGUCUGUACUCAGAUCAGCAUAUUACUAUCAUCUUGGCAGGGAAUUUAAUAGGUAGCCUGGCUCACUCUAGAGCUGAUAUUCCAGAAGCAUUUACUACGUUAGGAACAAUCCAACGACUUUGCUACCAUUUGUACUCAGGAAGAGAAGAGGUUCGCACAGCAUGCUCCUGUGCUCUUGGAUACUUAACUUACAAUGCAAGUGGUUUCCGCAUUCUGUUAAAAGAAUGCAGGAAUAAACCUAAUCAGUUCCUCCGUAUAAGAAAUAAUAUCAGCAGAGAUGCAAGUAUUAAUCCAGCAUUUUUAAAGGAGUUUCAAAUGCAACAAAUGAUUGGACUUCCUUCUUUAAGUCUGGAGAAGAAUGGAGGUCCUUCCAUAAAUCCUGUCUUUAAAAAAGGGAAACAGCAUCAAAGAAAAUCAAAACCUAUUCAACCAAGAGAUUCUUUGACUUUAAUACCUCCCGUAACUAACUUCAUGGGACUCUUCAAAAUGACAAAAGAGAGCAACAUUUCUCAUAAUAUUUUUUCUUUUUCAUCUGCAAUUUCAUCAGACAUCAUAAAUGUAUCGAGACCAAGAAUAGUGUAUUUUAACCAACUUGGAAAACAGGAACGAAAAGGCAACCCAGAGCCUGGAGAAGGCUUCUCCAACGUCUUUUGAUAUAUCCACUCCAAGAGGACAUCUGCACCGUAAGACAAAUCACAUUAUCUCAAAUGCUUGUUUCAUGAUCCAUCGCUAGUUCUGCAAACUGUUUUAGAAUUCUGAUGAGCAGUAUCGAAUGCGCAGCAGCUCAUGGUAUGUGGUGACGAGUACUGCAUACAUACAAGCACAGUGGAACCUCAAGCUAGGGUAAUGAAGACCAUCUCUUUAAUAAGAAAUAUAAAUUUUGAGAUGUUUUUGAGUAAUAGUUUU